AGAUGGUUGGCAACACUGACAGCUGUGCCGGCCGCCAGCCAAAUGAUUUUCCGUUUUUUUGUUACGCCAAUAAAGUCGUGUACGGCCGAUAAGCGGGCGAUCUGGUGAAAUCCACGGGAAUAGUUGGCCCAGCCAGUCACCUUAGUUCCUCCGCCGCGAGCGCUUUUUAUUGCACCCUCACGACUCGACAACUCAUUAGUUGGGCCUUAAUCUCGAGUGCCAGGCGAAGCGAGGGCCGAAGAUUAGAUUUCGCUCCGCCGAAGAUCACAUCACAGACGCAGCGACUCGCAGAACAAACGGAAAACAUGAACUCCAUCCUGAUAACGGGCUGCAACCGCGGCCUUGGUCUGGGCCUGGUCAAGGCGCUGGUGGCGCUGCCUCAGCCGCCGCAGCAUCUCUUCACCACAUGCCGCAGCCGGGCGCAGGCCACGGAACUGGAGGAUCUGGCCAAGAAGCACUCCAAUAUCCACAUUCUGGAGAUUGAUCUGAAGAACUUCGAGGCCUAUGACAAGCUGGUUGCUGAUAUAGAGUGCGUGACCAAGGAUCAGGGACUCAACGUGCUCUUCAACAAUGCCGGCAUUGCGCCCAAGUCCACGCGGAUUACGGCUACCAGGUCGCAGGAUCUGAUGGACACGCUGCAGACGAACACGGUGGUGCCCAUAAUGCUGACCAAGGCCUGUCUGCCGCUGCUGAACAAGGCGGCCAAGGUGAACGCAUCGGAGCCGAUGGGCGUGGGUCGGGCCGCGGUCAUCAACAUGUCCUCGAUCCUGGGCUCCAUACAGCUAAACACGGACGGUGCCAUGUACGCUUAUCGCGCCUCCAAGUCGGCUCUUAAUGCGGCCACCAAGUCGAUGAGCAUCGAUCUGUUUCCGCAGCGCAUCCUGUGCAUCAGCCUGCAUCCUGGUUGGGUUCGAACUGACAUGGGCGGCAGCAAUGCCCCCCUGGAUGUGCCCACCAGCACCGGAGAGAUUGUGAAGACUAUCUGCGGGCUGAGCGAGCAGCAGAACGGCAGCUUCCUUAACUUUGAUGGCAAGCAGUUGCCUUGGUGAAGGGCAAAUGGCUUAACCAACUGCAUUUUCACCAUAUUGCAUUAUGUUUAUUCUUAUUUCUUGAUUGUUGUUGAAUAAACCUAACACUUGAAGUGCCUGGAAAAAA